AAUAACAAGGGUACGGGUCUUUUGAAGUUAGAAUUGGGUUUAGAUUGAUAACGACCACCUCUAAACAUAAUUUCUAAAUAUCAAAAGAAAAACCAAUGAAACGAAAGAAGCAAGACGACGACUACGACGCCGUAGAGAAGCCCGUCUCUUCCGCCAUCGCCACUACCAUGAACACUGAAAUACUUUUGCAGACAUCUCCGAAACUCUCACAGAAGCAAGACUACAUCUUCCAUGGCGGGAGGCGCCAUGUGAGGCCGUACUACUUCGAAUUCAUCUCUCAUGUGAAUAAACGCUGGACGGGGAAAACAAUUGUGGAUUUGUUCGCUGAUGAGUUUAAAGGAAGAGCUCGUGAGUAUUAUGUUGGUGCUGUCAAAUGUGGAAGAAUUAAAGUCGAUGGUGAGAUUGUACCAGUUUCAUAUAUUGUGAAAUCAUCGCAGAAGAUUACUCACUUCGUCCACAGGCAUGAACCACCGGUGAUGACUGAUGAUGUAGAGAUCCUUGUGAAAGAACCUGAUGUUGUUACUGUCUGCAAACCAGCUUCUAUUCCUGUGCAUCCAUGUGGUCAAUACCGCAAGAACACGGUUGUUGGAAUCCUUGAUGCUGAACAUGACCUGGGCACUCUAUUUCCUAUACAUCGAUUAGACCGUUUGGUUUCUGGAUUGCUCAUCAUAGCAAGAACUGCUGCAAAAGCUGAUUUUUUCAGGCAACAGAUUGAGGGUGGAAUGGUGAAGAAACGUUAUAUUGCAAAGGUUAUUGGCGUGUUCCCAGAAGAUGAGAAAAUAGUCAACGCCAACAUAAAUUAUAAUGGCAGCGAAGGAAUAAGCACAGCAGAGGACGCCAAUUCGAGUGGUGACGAUAAGAAGGUGAAGGGGAAGCCUGCGUGUACCAAGUUCACUAGAAUCGACACAAAUGGGACUCAUAGCCUCGUCUUGUGUGAACCAGUGACAGGGCGAACUCAUCAAAUACGAGUGCAUCUACAAUAUACAGGGCAUCCCAUAGCGAAUGACCCGCUUUAUCUCCAUCGACACGUGGAUAAUCUUGAGACCAAGAUUGCCAAAAGAAUUGAUGCGGGUGAGAAAAAGAUGGUCUCCCCAAACGACUACGUGUAUUCCAGCGAAGAUUUCAGCAUCGACCCAAUGUGCACGAACUGCCCAAAGUUGAUCCCACAAGGGUACGAGGAGCAUGACGAGGCUCUUUGGUUGCAUUGUGUUCGAUACUCUGGAACGGGAUGGGAAUACGAAUGUCCUUAUCCUUCUUGGGCAUCGCUUUAACCAGAUUUAUUUGUCAUUUCGUAGACAAGAAGAUGUAAUUGUUAUCACCAACAUUUUUGGCAACUUUAUUGUAUGCCUGGAAGAAUAUCAAGUUGUAUCAUUAAAUUUAAAGAUCCUCUCAUCUCA